AGGAUUGUUUAUUAUUUUUUUCCCUACAUUUAUGUGAAAAGGUAAUAUAUUAAUUAGUAGAAUCUGUGUUUUUAUGAGUUUUUUGUUUCAAAUGAGUGGCCUAAGAGACUGGAACUACUUUUUUCCUUGUUGGCAGGACUGACAUUCUAAAACAAAUGGAGGUGAUAUGAGGCUGCAAUAGUAUAGUAUAUGAUUAUGUGCAAUAACAUAUUCGCAGUUGUCUAAACUAAAAUGCAUGUUACAACCGGCGAGGCUGCAGUUAAUAAAAUGGGUUAUGCAAUGAGUAGACUAGAUAUAGAAGCAGACCUCUGCGAUGGGGGGAAUACCAUCCAUGAAGACACUAACAGAUCAACACCAUCAAUUUCGCCAGAUCAACGCCAUCUUGUUUAUGCUAGUAUGUCACCUAUUGUCCAUAUUGUUAAUGUUGGGUCCCCUGAAACAGAGUCUCUAGAAAAUAUUACGGAGAUCCAUGAAGGUUUGGAUUUUUCUGCUGAUGAUGAUGGAGGAUACUCUUUUGGAAUCUUCUCUGUCAAAUUUUGAACAGAUGGACGAGAAGUUGUUGCUGGAAGUAGUGAUGACUCUAUUUUUGUUUAUGAUCUUGAAGCAAAUAAGCUUUUGGAAGGUGAUUUGUAUAUUAUUACUAUCACCU